CUAUCACACAUAACAAUUCAAAGUUUGGAUUAUUUUCUGACUUUCCCUUUUCAAGAUUAGUUACACAUGCAAAAUAAAAACAAACGACUAGUUGACACCUUUUUCCUGUCAAUCUAUCAAAACUGAUAAAAAUUGAGUUGAUUAAAAAAUCAUGCCUACUCCUCCAGAAGUCAUAAAAUGUUACAAAUAUAUAGAUAACCAGCAAAAGAAGUACGUGGAAGAAUUGCGGAAAAUUGUUGGAAUUCCAACUAUAAGUUCCAAUCUCAGAGCACAUAAACAAAUUUCUGCUUUAAUCCAUUGGUUAGAAAGUAGAUUAAAGAAGCUUGGAUUUACAGUUGCAUUAAAAAAUUUAGGAAAUUAUGUACCUCAUGGACAAGCGGAGGAGAUGAAGAUUCCAUUUCUUGUUUUGGGAACACUGGGCAAUGAUACUAAUAAAAAGACACUUUUUUAUUACUGUCACUUAGAUGUACUGAAUGUUAAACGGGAAAAGUGGGCAACAAUGCCUUUUGAACUGGUUGAAAAGAAUGGAAAAUUGUAUGGUCGUGGAACUGCAAAAAUGAAAGGACCACUUUUAUCUUUUUUACAUGCUAUCGACUGUUAUAAAGAAUUAGGACUCGACUUGCCGAUCAAUAUAAAAAUUUUUUGUGAAUCGAUGAACGAGUGUGAUAGUGAGGGAAUUUCGGAAAUUUUGAAAGACCUAAAAGCAAAUUUCUUAAAAAAUAUUGACUGCGUCUUGAUGAAUGAAAGCAAUUGGCUAGGCAGAGAUUAUCCCUGUUUAGUAUACGGAUUUCGAGGUGUUUGCUACUUUGAUAUAACAAUUGAAGGCCCUUCACAAGACCUCAACAGUGGCGAUUACGGUGGAAUGAUAUACGAGCCUAUGCAAGAUUUGAUAUUUUUAUUAAACAAACUCGUUGAUCCGAAAGGUCGUAUCCUAGUUCCCAAUUUUUACGACGACGUAAUGCCUAUCACACCCGAGGAAGAAUAUAUUUAUCAUCAGUUGAAAAUAAAUUUAGAGGAUUACAAAAAAAAUGUCGGUGUAACGGCAUUAACGCAUGAAGAAAAAGUUAUGCGGACUUUGAUGCAUGUUUGGAGACAUCCUUGUUUUAAUCUACAUUUUAUCAAUACUCCGAAUAAAUGCGACUGUACUGUCCAAUUAGCGAUACCGAAAAAAGUCAGUGCCAGAUUUUCUGUGAGCAUCGUCCCUAAUCAAGAUCAGGAACGAAUUCAUACUUUGAUAUUGGAACAUCUGAGAAUGCUACUUCGUUCAAGAUGUACCCCUAACAAUGUCAGUAUUAAUGUCCACAAUUCGUUGGAUCCUUGGUAUGAAAAUUAUUUGCAUUGGAAUUACAAAGCUGCGAAAAUAGCAAUUAAACAAGUUUUUAAAGAAGAAGCCAAUUUGACACGAGAAGGGAAAGGAUUUCCAAUUCUUUUAAAACUGCGCAAAGCCUUGCCAAAGAAAAAUAUUCUUGUCCUGCCAUUGGUAAAUAACGAAGCAAAUAUCCAUUCCGAAGAUGAAAACAUUUCCAUCAAGAAUUACAUAGAGGGAACAAAGUUACUGGCCAAUUAUUUCCAUCAACUAGGGAACGUCUCCAAAUAGGUCUGAAAGGCCUUCUUGUAAAAAUAAACUCUGAUUAAAAUUGAUUGAAUCCUUUAAA